CGUCACAUGACCGGAGACCAGCUGAUCACCGCAGACACGGAGCCGUACAAGAUCACGACCAUCAGCUCGGUUAUAUGUACCUCUAAUCCUGUAUGUAGCACACCAGUUGUUUUUUCUGUAUCGCACACAGAGGCGCUAGCUGGGAGAAAAGCCAAAGUCGCUUGGGAAAAAUAAAACGAGCCGAAGAGAAGAGCGCUGUCUUCGACCAAAGGACAAGAUGUCAGGAAAAGACAGGAUCGACAUAUUCCCCUCCAGAAUGGCUCAGACCAUCAUGAAGGCCCGGCUGAAAGGGGCCCAGACCGGCAGGAACCUUCUCAAGAAGAAAGCUGACGCCUUGUCCAUGCGCUUUCGUCAGAUCCUCCGCAAAAUUAUCGAAACGAAGACCCUGAUGGGAGAGGUGAUGAGAGAGGCGGCCUUCUCUUUGGCUGAGGCCAAAUUCGCCGCUGGGAACUUCAGCACCACUGUAAUCCAGAAUGUUAACAAGGCCCAAGUGAAGGUCCGAGCCAAAAAGGACAACGUGGCAGGUGUCACCCUGCCUGUGUUUGAGUACUACCAAGAAGGCGGAGACAGUUAUGAGCUGACGGGUCUGGCCAGGGGAGGAGAGCAGCUCUCCAGGUUGAAGAGGAACUACGCCAAAGCUGUUGAGCUCCUGGUGGAGUUGGCCUCCUUACAGACUUCUUUUGUCACCCUGGAUGAAGCCAUAAAAAUCACCAACCGCCGUGUGAACGCCAUCGAGCACGUGAUUAUCCCGCGGAUUGAGCGCACCCUCACCUACAUCAUCACAGAGCUGGAUGAGAGAGAGCGAGAGGAGUUUUACAGGCUGAAGAAGAUCCAGGAGAAGAAGAAGCAGCUUAGGGAGAAGACGGAGCUGGAGAUCGCUGCUCGCCUGGCCGCGCUGGGGCCCAUCGCCGAGCCCACCAACAUGCUAACAGAGGAGACGGACGAGGACCUGCUGUUUGAGUGACAGGCUCCUCACACCCCGUCGCCCACUUCACCCAUCAUCCUAUUUAUUCUGUGCCUCUCAGGCCACGUCAAUGUCUUCUUGUGCAAAUGGGAAAACAAGUUGUUUUUUUGUGUACAUGUUUGUGAUGAUUGGUUAUUUUGUUUUAUCGCUGUAAAAGAACCUAAGUGUUGUCAAACGUGGCUGUUGCCGCCAAGGAUGUCGGUUCAUUGAUGAAUUUCCAUUUUAUAAUUAAGUAAUAUAGCCGUGUUUACACAUGGUUUGGAAGUGAACAGUGUGAAUCAUUCCGUGUGAUUGGAUGAGGUUGUAAAUAUUGCAGUGACAUUGCAGCUUUCAGAGCUGUUGCAUGCUGUCGAGCUGUAUAGUCGUUUGAGGUGGUGGAGCUUCCCCGGAGUGUGUGAGUUUGUGUUGUGGAGGCCCGCCCUGACGCUGACCUCAUGUCACGGGGGUUUUCGGUACCUCAUUAAGUAAAGUUAAUAAUUACUACUGCACCAGAACCCCAAGUGUGAUCCCUCUGUACAACUUUGUGUGCAAGUCCACAAGGCCCAACACUUCAUCCAAAUAAAGUUAAUCUCAAUAUACA